UCCAUCCAGAUGAGGGCGCUGCUGUGUCCGUGAUCUUUGAGGACAUGAUGGUGGAUCAGCAGCCAGUCAAGACAGCAGGAUAACAACACAGCAGAGAUCACAAUUUUUAUAUCUGGGACUAAAAAUGACAGUUUAUAAAUGCAACAAAGAUUGCUAUUAACCGUUGAGUCUUCUGGCAGACUAAAAGAGAGAGAAAUAUCCUGAUUGUACCACUUGUUUUGGAGAGAAGACCUGCUGGAGUCGUAUUGCUUUCUAGCUAUCUGGCUAACAUGCAGCAUUAGUGUCUGGAUUUGCAGGAAAACUGGACUCCGGGAUUUAACUGAACUGUCCACUUCUAUAAUCCUCCAUUCGCAUGCAGACGUAGCCCUGCUGGCUUUUCACCUUGCAUGUAUAGCUAGUUGGCUUGGCUAGCUCCAAAGGACCGAGCCGUUGGCGCAGCUGAAAGCCGAAUACACAGCGCGUUCGGUCGGCCUCAGCACCAACGCGAUGCCGCGGGUCGAGAUCGACCCUCCCGCAGAGCUAGUGAAAGCUAGCUGGACGUAGCAGGCCGCUUCAGAUGGUCGUUAUCAUUCCAUAGUCAACUGAUUAGAUAGUAUAUUUUGAAAAGCACCUUUAUAUUUCAUCCUGCACGACGUUUUUAUUUUUAUUUUUAUAAGCCCAACGGCAGAAUUAGCCUGCUAGUUAGCUAGCUAGUUCGUUAGCGAGUAAUGGAAAUCCAGCUGUAGCGUCUGUUGUUUACAGUGUGUUAGCAUGUAAAAAUCUGCCAGUUACAGUUAGCUUGGGAGUGUGCUGGAGUGGUGUGGUGAUUGACUUUUCACGUAUCAAACUAGAGGUACGUUAUUUUUGUGUGUAUGGGUUAAUUUUGCUUUAGCAAUAUACACGAAAACAGUUAUCAAACGUUAUCAAACCACCUUGGGCAUUCACGUCAGAUCUAAACCUUAUCUAUGCAAGCAUAUGACUGAGAAACGAGCGACACUAAGGUAGUGCUUAGCUUGUGUGGGAUUAUUUAGCUUGGCACAAGUCACACAUGUAAACAACUACAUCCAAGGUUUAGCAUUGUAAUUUUCUUACAAGGUGUUACAGAAUAUCACCCAAGAUAGUGUUUGCUGUUAUGCGUGUUACUUUGAAGUUAUCUCUAAUUAAACUAGCUUUACACAAACACUACAACCGACACAUGGGGAGUUGUUGACCUGCUGGAGCACAGCGAGACACAUCAGCCAUUCAUUCAUUCAUGAUUGAUGAUCUUUGAGGAAGCAGGCUGCCCUUUAUCCAGUUUCCACUACAGCUGAACCACUGCAUCAGUUUUUGUUUUGUUUUGUUUUUUUAACCACUCCACCUGCACAUACACUAAUGUUACUUUUGUGAUAGCCUGAGCAGCACUUUCUCUUAAUACCCUACUGACGCCCUAACUGGAAUCGCUGGAUGGGGUGGAUGGGAACAUGAGGAGCAUCCUCUCCGAUCUGAUCCAGCUUCCAAGUAGCUGAUGCACAUUAGCUUGAAGGUCUGAUCAAAGCACAACAGAGAGCCCCAUUGUGUGGACUUAAAACCUAAGAGGAAAGAGAAGACGACGACGAUGAUGAUGAGGAUAAAAGAGGCCCAGUGACAGAGUUUGAACCCUCACCAGGAAGCAGAGGAGAGUCACAAGGCUGCAGACAUGAGUCUCCGCCAACCCACCUCUACUCUGGACAGCAGGGCAGCCAAUAAGAAAAACGCCCACCUGUUCAGGCUCAGCAGUCUCACCAUCGGGGACUCGGAGCGCAAAUCCUCCGCCACGCAACAGAGGGAGCCAACAACUGAACUCCCUGCUGAGAGUACGGGUCCCGGUCUUGUCCAGAGAUGCGUGGUCGUGCAGAAGGACCAGCUGGGUUUCGGCUUCACAGUGUGCGGUGAGAGAGUGAAGCUAGUGCAGAAUGUCCGACCAGGUGGUGCAGCAGUCAAGGCCGGGGUCCAAGAAGGGGAUCGAAUCAUAAAGGUGAACGGCUCGCUGGUGUCCUCCAUGUCCCAUCAGGAGGUUGUGAAGCUCAUCAAAUCUGGAACUUAUGCAGCUCUGACACUACAAGGGCCACCCCCUUCAGCAGCCUCCUUACCACUAGAGCCCCUCCCCACUGACCUCACACCCAAUCAAAGGAUGUCACUAGGCGGGGAGGCUCCACCCCCUCCACCUCCACCCUUGCCUUCUGGACUGAGCAGCACCCCUUCCCAAAGAAUCACCGGACCCAAACCACUACAGGACCCAGAAGUACAGAAACAUGCCACUCAGAUACUCAGGAAAAUGCUGGAGCAGGAAGAGACUGAACUACAGGACUUACUGGAGGAGCGGCUGAGGAACCCGUCGUCGUCUCUGGAGGAACGGAUCGAAAGUGCCAAGAGGAGAGCUCACCAAGUCAGGGUUAAGAUUCAGCAAGAUCUGGAGGGAACGCGGUCAGAAUCUGUCACCAGUUACGUCAUAGCAGGAGAAGGUCGAUUAUCAGUGGACUCGAGCGAAGGAGACUUGGAGGCGUUUGAGAGUCCCCACUCCUCCCCCUCAUCCUCCUUCAGGACCCCCCUACACCGACGGCAGAACUCCGACACACACACCCUCUCUGAUUCGGGCGGCAAGGCCCAGAUCAUCGGCCCCGAGGAGGAGGACGAAGAGGAUGAUUGCUAUGCUUUUAACGAGAUGGACGGUCCGUUCCAGGACAUCGAGCUGCUGAAGUCACGACCGGCACACAUGACAGUAUUCAUGAGAUAUGUCUUCACCCAGCUUCUGGACCCCAACCCUCUGCUGUUUUACCUGUCGGUGGAGGCGUACCUGGGCUCCAGUCCGAAAGACGCCCGCUCACUAGCACCUCAAAUCUGCUCCCACUUCCUGGACCCAGACGCUCCUUUGAAAAUCAAAGCACGAGAGGAGUAUCUCACAGAUAUCGAAAGUCGACUACACGCACAGGAGGACAUCAGAGGUCCUCUGUCUGAGCUGCAGCAGGAGGUGCUGCCAGACAUCCAGGACCAAAUACAGGACUACAGGAACAAGCAGAUGAUGGGCCUCGGCUCUCUGUUCGGAGAAGGAGACCUUCUGCAGCUGGACGGAGACCCGGCGAAAGAAAGACAGGUGGUGGACAGACAGGUCACCGCCCUCUGGGAGAUACUAUCAAAGCAUGAAGAAGACAGGAGUUCUCCUCUGGCGUCGGCUGUGCUCCUGUAUCUCCGUCAUUCUGGCAUCAAGCUAAGAGACUCCAAGGUCUUCCCCGGUCUGAGCACAGAGAAGGAAAAGUGGCUCGCUUUCUUAAAGACCAAAAAGCUGAGUGGUAUGAAGAAAGAAAAAGAUGGAGAGGACAAAAAGAGAAAUCCAAUCCUGAAAUACAUCGGCAAACCCCGGACCACAUCCCAGUCCACAUUCCAUGUCCCGUUGUCACCCACCGAAGUCCGUCCUGGCAGCGUGAGGAACAUCAUUCAGCAGUUUGAGAACAACACAGAGACGGGAGGAGAGGAGGGAGGCGACCCUGCUGACCCCCAGCGGCUGUCCUCCAGCAGCCUGGGAGAAGACAGCAUGGACAGUCCUACGUUCUCAGUGCGUCUGGCACGCAGCGAGUCGCUGAAGGCUCAGGGCGAAGGUCGUCGGCGGGGCGUCACUUCGGGAACGGAGUCUGUCCCCCGCUCGCGUAGUGAUGUGGACAUGGAGGACAGCGGGGAGGAGAGGGAGGGCCCGGGCCUCAGGCCGCUGCAUCACAGCGCCUCGUCAUCAGCGUCCAGCAGCUCCGCACGGUCUCUAGAGAACCCUACACCCCCAUUCACCCCUCGGUCUAGACGCAGGAGCGUGGACUCACCGCUGGCCCUGCUGCCGGACGCCGGGGCGCUGGAGGAGGACGUGUGCGACGGUCACAACUGGCAAGAGACGGCGCCUCCUCAGCUCCUCGCCACGCUCAGCCCGAAGGAGGUGGAAAGACAGGCCGUCAUAUACGAGCUGUUCACCACCGAGGCGUCACACCUGCGCACCUUGCGAGUCCUGGAUCAGGUUUUCUUCCAGAAGAUGAGGUCUGUGCUGAACUCUGAGGAGCUGGCCUGCAUCUUCCCAAACCUGCCCCAAGUCUAUGAACUCCACGCGAGUCUGUGCGAGGCGAUGAAGAAACGAAGAGAAUCUCCCAUCGUGCAAAACAUCGGGGACGUUAUGCUGGCAAGGUUCGAGGGCGCUGCUGGAGAGGAGUUUCAGGAACAGGCGUCCCAACUGUGUAGCCAGCAGUCUCAGGCUCUGGAGCUCAUCAAGAACAAACAACGUAAAGACCCUCGCUUCGCACACAUCAUACAGGAGUGUGAGGCGAGUCCUCACUGUCGGAGGCUGCAGCUCAAAGACCUGCUGGUGUCAGAGAUGCAGAGACUCACGAAGUACCCUCUGCUGCUGGACAACAUCCUCAAACACACAGACGCCGGUUCCGCGGACCUCCCGGCACUCCAGCGCGCCCAGGCGUGUUGCCGAGGGAUACUGCAGGCUGUCAACGAGGUCGUCAGGGAAACGGAACACCGGCAACGCCUCAGCCAAUACCAACGCAGGCUGGAUGCUGCUCCUCAGUUCAAGAAUCUGGACUUGAGCACUAAGAAAAUGAUCCAUGAAGGUCCCCUCACCUGGAAAGUCAGCAAAGACAAGCAGUUAGAGAUCCAAGCGCUGCUGCUGUCAGACUGCCUGGUCCUGCUGCAGAGGGCCCCAGACGACAGGCUUCAGCUGCGAUAUCCAUCCCGCUGGCUGGGUGGAGGCGGAGGAGGCAGCGGAGACAGCAAGACCUCUUUCAGCCCUCUGGUGAAGCUGGACUCGCUGUUAGUGCGCUCAGUAGCUACAGACAACAAAGCCCUCUACGUCAUCAGCACCACGGAGAGGCAGAUCUACGAACUGGCGGCUGGGACGUCAUCGGAGAAAAACACCUGGAAAGACUUACUUGAAAAGACCAUCGCAUCAUCUGGCGGUUCAUCACCGCUGAUCAAUCACGGAUCCAUGCCAAUAUCUUCCCCCAGUCUAGGCAGCGCAUCCCCAGUCUCAACCAGCAGUCACGUCUACACAGACAACUCUAUGACAGAGCAGUCCGAUUCCAUGGAAACUCAUUCCUCCAACGACGACAUCGCGCUCUCAGCCGACACACCUACGGACCAAUCAGGAGCUUUCAUCUGCGGCGAACGACAAGCAGUUGGUGUUGCAGAGGCGGCUUUACAGGACGUUGAAACACUAAGGCAGCUCAUAUUACGAGAUCUGGAAGAGGACGCCUGGAGUCACGAUUCAGACGACACACCCACCAACGAGAUGGCCAAUGAAAGGAGCUCGUUCGCGGAACGUCAGCGGCCGGAGUCCCUGGAGACCGUCCUCAACUUCAGCGCCAACGAAUGGGAGGCCGAGACCGAAGAGGCUCCGCCCUCAGACGCGGAGCAGCCCGGCGUUCAGGUCGUAAGGAAAGCUGUGGUUGCGGGUUCUUCUUCUUCUUCUUCUGUCCCCGAUGGCAUCACUGGUGAUGUCAGCCUCCUCUCCAACCAAUCAUCCAAGCCAAGCGAGGCCGCUACGCAGGGGAACACUUUCUACUUGGUAAUGCCUACAGAACAAGGAGAGAGCGCCACCGACGACCUCAACGACCCUCCCACCCCUACAGCCAGCCACUUCCCUCAGCCUCUGGAGGGAGCAAUAGCACCACAGACGCAGUCAGAGGAGGCAACGCCGGCCUGCGGUUCAGAGCCCAACCAAUCAGAGGCUAUGCAAACGGAACAGGAAGAGGAAACGGGACAGUCGCAUGCCGGGCAGCAGAGUCACGUGAUCAAAAACGUGGAUGAGAUUUUUCUCAACAUCGAGGGGUUGAUGAGCAAGUUGCGUCAGCUGAAGGAAAUAGAGAAUGCCCAUCAUAAACUAUUAAAAACCCUCAAAGAGCCUUCUGUCAAUCAGGAGUCAGAAGACCAACAGUGUCGCUCGGCAACCGUCUCCAGGACACCGUCUCUGGAUCGCGGCUCAGGAGACGGCAAAGAGGGAAGUCCAGCAGAACCCAAGAUUCUGUCGACUGGAUUCUGAGGUCACAGCAGAGCGGAUUCAGUCACACGCUUGAAUCGUUGGCAUACGGACGCACCCCAUACGUACCCACUGUCAGACUCAGGCACCUCAGCCCCGCCUCCCCUCGCCCACCCUCCUCCCCGUACCCUGCAUGCACCGGCCAGUGGAGCAGAACCCAGGAAGGACCGUAGCCAUGUUUUGUUUUCCAUUGCCCUGGGAUACCAGGAAGCUGUGGUCAGACUAACCUGGAUUUCUUGUGGUCAGCACAACCUCUGACUUGAACCAGAGGCGUGAGGGAACCCAGGAGAAAGUGAGGACAAAAGUAUGAAGAAACAAAAAAAAAAGGCAAAAGACAAGUUGACUGGUGAAGAGAAGAGGAAAAAGUUGGAACUGAAAGUUGGAGGAAAAAAAAAAAAUGACCAAGUUGGAUAUUUGUGAAG